AUGGACAACUUGUUCCGCCUAGCCGACCAUGAGGACUUCUUCGCCCGCCGCUGCGUCUGGGUCAAUGGGCCGGUCAUCGUCGGCGGGGGCCCUUCCGGGCUUGCCACUGCGGCCUGCCUUAGAGACCAAGGAGUGCCCUUUGUGGUCCUGGAGAGGGCCGAGUGCAUUGCCUCGUUGUGGCAGAAGCGAACCUACGACAGGCUCAAACUUCACCUUCCCAAGCAAUUCUGCCAGCUCCCUAAAAUGCCGUUCCCUGAGGACUUCCCCGAGUACCCCACCAGGAGGCAGUUCAUCAAGUACCUUGAGUCCUACGCAAGGCGCUUCGAGAUCAGCCCCAACUUCAACGAGUGUGUCCAGUCCGCACGCUACGACGAGACCAGCGGCCUGUGGCGCAUCCGGACGGUCCAGGCCAGGGGUUCGAGCCACUCCGAGAUCGAGUACAUCUGCCGGUGGCUUGUGGUGGCGACGGGGGAGAAUGCGGAGCGCGUGGUGCCGGAAAUAGAUGGGCUGGCGGAGUUCAAGGGCGAGGUGGUGCAUGCCUGCGACUACAAGUCCGGCCAGAAGUUUGCCGGGAAGAGGGUCCUAGUCGUCGGCUCCGGUAACUCCGGCAUGGAACUGUCCCUAGACCUUUGCAACCACAAUGCUGAGCCUUCGCUGGUGGUCCGCAGCUCGGUUCACGUAUUGCCUAGAGAAGUUCUGGGGAAGUCCACAUUCGAGCUGGCCGUUUUGCUGAUGAAAUGGCUUCCACUUUGGCUGGUCGACAAGAUACUUCUGAUCCUGGCAUGGUUGGUGCUCGGGGACAUCGGAAAAUAUGGGCUCAAAAGGCCAUCAAUGGGACCAAUGGAGCUCAAGAACGAGAAAGGGAAGACCCCAGUCUUGGACGUUGGAGCACUGGAGAAGAUCAGAUCUGGAGAGAUUAAGGUUGUCCCAGGGAUCAAGAGAUUCUCACUUGGCCAUGUUGUGGAGCUGGUGAAUGGAGACCAGCUCGACGUUGACUCGGUGAUUCUUGCCACUGGGUACAAAAGCAACGUCCCCUCUUGGCUUCAGGAGAGCGAGUUCUUCUCCAAGAACGGCUACCCAAAACCGCAAUUCCCCAAUGGCUGGAAGGGCAAUGCUGGGCUAUAUGCAGUUGGGUUCACGAGGAGAGGGCUGUCUGGUGCAUCCUCUGAUGCCAUGAGGAUUGCUCAGGACAUUGGCAAGGUCUGGAAGCUGGAGACUAGGCAGAAACAGAGGACCACUGCUUGCCACAGGAGAUGCAUCUCCCAGUUCUAAGACACAUACAUGACG